UCGGCGGCGAAAUUUCCUGCCCCUGGGCCGAUCCGAUGUUCAAGAAUGUAUAUAAGUACCCGGCAGCUGGCCAAGCGCUUAGCCAUUCGGUCCGAUUCUAGUCAUCACUCGCGCACAUCAUGAAAUUCACCGCCGUCCUUCUGGUGGUGGCCGUAUCGGUGGCCACCAGCGCAGCUCCGUCUCCAGCGGUCGUCAAGAGGAACAGCGUCGGAGAUCUGGUCGCCGUCAUCAACGAAUACGCUCCGAAGUUCGAAGAGCUCGGCCAUGAAAAGGAUCAACUGCUGCAGUUCGCCCGCACGGGACUGUUCGCCACCUACCGACACAUGAACGAAGACCUGUUGGAGAACUUGGGUAACGCUCGGAAUGCCAUCGAGUAUGGAUUUGACGAGAUCCGCACCAAGAUUGCCGCCAAGAUGCUCGAUGGUGGUGAUGAGGAAUGUCUGCUGGAUCUGGUCCGACAGAUCGUUGAUGAACAGCGUGCCCUGGCCAUGGCGAUGAGCCUCUGCUCGUCGUUCACCACCGACGCCAAGGACGAUCUGUCGUACUCGUUCUACGAAAUGCUGGAACUUCUGCAGCGUCUGUCCACCGCCCUCAGCGAGUACGUGCUGUGGUCCUUCUCGACGCACAACUCCGUUGCCGAUCCGGAGGAUCACGCCAAUUAUCUGCGCCGCACCUAUCAGGAAUCAGUGGAUCUGUGGGACCAGCAGGUCGUCCCGUUGGUCCAGUUCCAGCUCGAUGCCAUGGAGUACAACAAGCCGCUGAUCGUGGCCGAGAACCAGAGCUGCCUGGACAAGCUGGUCGAACAGGUGGGCACGUUCAACGAGUACAUCUACGGACAGUUCGAAUACUGCGCGGCCCCGUGGAAGGCUGCCCAGCCUUAAGGCGGUACCUAAGAUGAGUGGGAGUGCUGCUGCAGUGAAGAUGAAUUUCAGUUUUAAGGUUAUUUUAUGAUGGAAGUAAAGUGUGUCCUCACUGUUGAAUA